ACAGGCCACUCAUUAGGAAGGUUUUCGUGAAACAUUAUUCAUGGUGAGGUAGUUCAGAGUUGGGGGUUCAACAGCCAUUGACUGCAUUAUUUAUGAUAUCACUUUUUCAAUAUCAUUGCCAUAUCGUUCUUAAACCAGUGUGGGACUAUUUGGGGCUGAAUGAUGUGAGGAAAAUAUCUAAUUACAAAUCUUCUGACCAGUUUUGUUACUGUGAUUCAAAUAGCAAUAAUUUCUAGAAAUUAAACCCCGCAGACCUGUAUUGUAUUGUAUUGUAUUGGUGGCCUACAUAAUAUUAUGUGUAUAUAGUACAGACAUCGGCAUGGAGAGAGGAUAUUAACAAGACGACAGCCAAGACUCUUGGAGUUUGGUCAGCUCACAGUAUUAAAUAUAAUCAGCUACAGCUGAGUAAAUUUGGUGGAAGCAGUCAUCUUGACAGUUGGGAAAGUUAUUGACUACACUCACUUGUUUUUACAGCUUGGUAAGAAAUUUAUAAUGUUAUUAAAAUUGAGUGUCUUGUGAUGUGAAAACGUUAAAAUUAUGAUUGAACGCGGUCAAUUGUUAUGCCCUAGAAUUCACUGUACACAUUUUGUAACAAGAAGACCAUUUGUUGCCCAUUGGAAAAACAAAAAUGAGUAUUGGAUCUUCAGUGCAACACACUUGAGUUUUUAAUUUGCAUAUUGAAGAAAUGAAUUUCUAACAAGAUUUUGGACCAUUGGUCAAAUGAAAUGUAAUUUGAGUACGUCCUUGGGAUGUGGGAAAUUUUAAUGAGCAUUUUCUUUUUUUUUUCCUGGCUUUUUUAUUUUGUGGGAAACAAAAAAUCAAUCAAUGAUUUGCAACAUGGAAUCAACCAAGGUACAACUCCAUUAAAUGUGAUCCUGUCAGCUCCUUGUACAUUGUAAUUUAGUCCUUAUUUGCAUCUUCCUAGACUGCAUUCCUAAUUUUUAAGCUGCAGCGUGUGUGUUCAUGGCAUCCCGGAUGGUUCUGGUAAAUCCAUGGUUUCAGGUUGUGGAAUAAUUUAUCUGUAGAUUUUUGCAGAGUUACUUCUGUUGCUUUACAAAUUAAAUCCAUCAAAGACUCUGAGUUCCAGAAUCCGACUGUCUCCAUGUCUCAAAUCACUGGAGGCUUGCGUUGUAGUUUGUUCACAUACCUCGACCUCAACAAGAUGGCUGAAUGGUCGCUCUUCCGAACACAGCCAGCACCGCUCUGCAGGCACCUCUGAACGGCAUAUAGCAGUAAUAAAGAGUGCUGAUUCCCUUUGUGGCGCAUCAACAGGAACGGGACAGCACCUUACAAUCCUACUCUCACACCAGUCACCCUAAAUCACAGGUGUCCUCUCCUUCUCUCACCAGAGUCCUCUGCUCUGUCAGAUUGCCAUAUAGAAAAAGAGCCUCCUGGUUGAAUGGUGGCGUCCAGGAAAUAGCCAAGUUUUGGUGAAAAAAAAAAAGAAUAUUAUAGUUCCUGAUAUCCUGUUAAAAACUGAUGUGGGCACAGAGGUCGUCCAAUUAUCCAGUGCCCGUACAAUGCCUAGCAGGAUGCUAGUUCAGCUGAUGACCAUAUUCUCUAUCUUCCUUCGAUGUUUGCUGAUGUUUACAUUUGAAAACCUCUUCUCAGCUAGCUAGUGGAGGUCGGCAGAUAAGGAGAUCAGUCCAUAACGAAAAUUAAAGUUGUAGCCCUGCAUUUUAUUUCAUACACAUUUCAUAAAAAAAGAUAUAAUAAAUGUUGGUGAGGAAAGUAUGUCCACCCUUAUUUACCCCUUUCCCUCUAAUGGGUCGCUCUCUUUCCUCCACAAACCUGCAUAUUUCUGUUUGUAUCAAAAGUCAUUCAUGAUAAUAUCAUCAUCAGGAUGAAAACCAUUGACUGACAUUGACAUGAAUAAUAACUUCACUAAAACAUGUAUUUAUUUUAUUUUGUGUGCUUUUUUCCAGCCAUUUUUCCAUGACAUAAUCAAGCCUUGAUGUGGUGAAUCAGAGAGGAUCAGAGUUGAUGCCACAGUAGGAAAGUGGUUCCUAACCCUGGGAAUGGCACCCUAAGAGGAGUCGUAGGAUCACUCUAAGGAGUCAUGAGUUUGUUAGUGGAAAUGUUGGGGAAUCUGUGGAUGCUCUGCCUGUGUCUCUGCUUCUCCUGGGCCGAGGCUCGGAUAUGGGCCUGGAUGCUCAACAUGCCCCACAGCCCUCCAAAAGAAGGAGCAAAGGCACUUAGAGAAAGCUCUCCUGUAGUGAAAGCAACCAUGGCCGUGUGCGAGCAUGACAGGGCCUGUGGGCGAGGUUUCUACUGUGAUCGGCACUUUGGUCUUUGUGUUCCGCUGCGAGGGGAGGGCCACUACUGUCGGAGGGAUGCCCAGUGUGUCCGCGGUCUCAGCUGCAUGUUUGGGAAGUGCCACCGCAGCAUCCCCAACGGACAAGAGGGUGCCAGAUGUAAAGUUGACAGAGAUUGCGGGGCAUCCAUGUGCUGCGCUCGACACCACGGUGAGCAGGUGUGCAAAAGACGUCUGAUCCGCGGCGAGAGCUGCUAUGUCCCCGACGGCGGUCUGGCGUUCAGCAUAAACCAGAUUUGUCCCUGUGAUGAGGGGCUGCUGUGUCGAGAAAACGUUGCAGUACACCAGAGAGAGUGA